UAAAAUUUAAUUUGAAUAAAUUUAUUUCAGGAGCUGUGUACCUUGAUUUAGUAGAGGGUUUUGUAAUUUAAUAUUGAAAGACAGAAAGGUCGCAAAAAUGGAGGAACAAACAUACCAGAACGUCAACGAGUUUGAGCCUAACCAAGAACCUGAGACAAAUAAUCGGGAUUAUUUACAUCAUUACCAAACUGAAGAAGAGGACCUGCCACCCCCGCCACCACCCGAGCAUAAAUACGAUUUCGACGAGCAAUCUACGACAUCAUCUGCAAGCAACGAACCUCAAGAACCAAUAUCAUUGGGAAGCAUGGCUGAAAGUAUCGUGCAAGGUGUUGCAGAUUUGAAAACUUCAGAUAAAUCGACCAACUCUUCCCCUGUGGUCGUUAAUGGCGAUCAACCGUCAGAAACACCUUCGCAACCCCGCGACAACAAAAUAGCUCUCUUUGUCAAGGCGGGCUCAGACUCUGAAUGUAUCGGCUGCUGCCCUUUCUCCCAACGUCUCUUCAUGAUCCUAUGGUUGAAAGGUGUUGUGUUCAAUGUCACAACGGUGGAUAAGACAAAGAAAGUGCCGCAAAUAAACGACGCGCUUGGUUCAGUGAAUCCACCCGUUCUCAUAUUCAAUGGUGAAAUGCUCACUGACAACCAGAAGUGUGAGGAUUACAUCGAAGCUGAGUUGUACCCUCCACGUUACCCAAGGUUGGCAUGCAAACAUUCAAACAGCAACACCGUCGGGAAUGAUAUAUUUGCAAAGUUUUCCGCCUUUGCCAAGUUUCGUGGAAAUCCUAACGACCCAAAAAGAGAAGGCAUGAGAAAGAAAUUAGACCAAGCUUUGUCGAAACUAAACGAUUACUUGCUUGAGCCCCUUGAUGACGAGAUUGACGAAGGAGCUGACGACAAUGAACCACAACGAUCCUCACGCAAGUUUAUUGAUGGCAAUACCAUGACCAUAGCCGAUUGCAAUAUGCUUCCAAAACUUAACAUGAUACAGGUUACCGGACGUGCCCUCCUUAAUUAUGAAAUCCCGCAUAGCUUCGAUGCGAUUUACCGAUACUUGGAAACUUCUUUUGGGAUGCCAGAGUUCAGAGAAACUUGCCCGCACGACGAUGAAAUUGUUUAUUUUUAUGGCGGUCGCAAACCAAAAGCAAGAAGCUCGAAACACUAAGAUUUGGACCCUCCGCUAAUUAUUCUUUGUAUUUUAAUCCUAAACUUGACUGUACAGUAAUUUCGCCAAUUACGAGAAAAUACUCCCAUUUAAAUUGCUGUCAUUUCGUUGAAGUUAUAACAAAACUCUGUAAACUAAGAUCAGUUGUAAGUGUUACAGCUUUACAGGUGUGUACAUAAUGCUCUUAAGUUUCAAUGCAUAUAUUAUAUCCAUGUUAUUUUCGUGUAGAACAUGUAUAUACUUCCACUUUGCUACGAUAUACGAAUGUAAACAGUUUUGAAGACGAUUGGUAAAAUUUGGCAAUUUUACCCGCUGCUUAAAUAUGCUGACAUCAGCAGUUUUCAGUUACACUAAAUUCGAAAUUAAAAAUUGCUCAUUUGUAUAAACAAGGAUUCAUUUCUGUUAUUUUUGUAUAUAACAAUUUUGGUUAUUAGUUUAUCAACAAAGCUAAAGUUUUAAAUGUAAAACUUUCAAUUUUUCAAUUCCCUCUAUUUUUAUUUGAAAUACUUGAGCUGUAUUGACUGAAACCGAGUUGUUUUUGAUCUGUCUUGAUUUUAUUUCACACCCCCUGUUUAAUUUAUCGCAUGGUAAUAAAUUGCAACAGGUACGUUUAA